UUGAGACCGUUUGGUAGGGCUACUCAAAAAGCGAGAGCCAGUUUAGGAGCCCUCUCAAACAGGCCCUAAUUCUAUUUCGCUAUAAAUAAUUGUUUUCCUAUGCGAAUCCAAACGGGAGGUUACUUUGGUAGACUAAUUUUUGUAGCUGAUGUAAUAAAAAGUUGUUAAUAAAUGACACGAGGAUAGAGACCGUUGUUAUUAGUCCUGUCCAGUCCCAAAAGUACGAAAUCCAUAUAUAUACGUUAGUAAAGACAGCCCUGAAAGUACUCAUGACUCACGAGAGCUUUCACUGUCCAGCGGGGACACAUCCGUGUGGUCCCACUUUCCAGCGAAAGAGACGCUCUCUUCUUCCGAGCCGUGUCGCAUCAAGUCCUUCAGUAAGCCUAGACGUUGGAGCUGCAGCGGCUGGAGGAGGCGGCAAGCACACGGGCCCACAUGCCAUCCAGUGUUCCAGCUGCUGCUGCUGCUCGUACCAAGGCAUGAUCAGUACUCUACUAGAGCAAAGGUGUGUGUAGCUAGCUGCCUGGACGUUGCAGCGCUGGAGGAGGCGGCGGCAAGCGCACGGGGGGGCCCACAUGCCAUCCAGCGUUCAGAGAAGCUUCACAUGCAAAAGGGCCCCUCCGAAGAAUCCAAACGUUACGAAAAGGCCCGUGCCCCCGUGAGAUGACAAAGCGGCAAACGGCGUGCCUCCACCCACCCACACACACACACUGACAAACGACCCCCCUCGGUAUUCUCCAAUCCCCAAACCCUCGUCGACGCCGUCGUCUUCACUGUUCAGUCCCCCCCACAGCCCCACUCCCUUCACUCUCCUCCCCUCCACCGUCGCCGUCAUUCCAUUCGUGGGGGGCGCAUUACUUCUGCGGUUCUGCGCCCCGUCCCGAAUCCCUGUAGCGUCCACCUUCUCCCUCCCACCGCCCGGAUUCCGCAAGACUGAGAGCAGCGCUCGCUCGCCUCCUCCCAAUCUCCGCAUCGUUUCUGUCCAGGUCGGCGGCCCGAUUUGUUGCCGGGCGUCGUCCUCGCCCCCGCCCUGCCUGCCACUCCUCGUAGGACUCGGUCCUGUCCGGACUCCCGCUCCACCUGUCCCCUCCUCGCUUCCAUCGCCAUUGCCGCCCUCAUUUUGCCCCCCUCCCGCUCGAAGCCGCCUGCUGCUUUGGACCGUGCCGAGCGGGGCGGCGUAAAUGCCCGCCCGUGCAGAGGAUCCCAGACAGCCUUCUCCGCCCCCAAACCCCGUCCUUGUUUCCCACCAAUUAGGAGCAGGGGAAGGUUCUCGCACGCGUGCCCAUCCUACCAACGGCCAAUUCCAGAUGCGGAGGGCGUCCUGACUCCACCUGCCAAGCUCCGGCCUCUGCUCUGCUCCGCCCCGCACCCCACCCGCCGACAUGGGCUUCUUGAUCUGCCGCGUCUGCCUCCUCCAACUGCUGCUCCUCCUCCUCCUCGCCUUCACCUCCUCACCAGCGUCAGCGCAGCCGGCGGCGCCGCCCGGCAGCGCCAGGGCGCUGGACGCGGCGCUGCAGGAGUACGCGUUCCGGGCGCUGGCGGCGCGGCCGCGCACGGGCAUUAUCUACAACGCCACCAUCCCAUCCAGCCUCGCGGGCGUGGCGGCGUCCGCGCUGCGCCUGCGCAGCGGCAGCCUGCGGCGGAAGGGCGUCGCGGGGGGGUACUUCAACUUCGCGGUCCCGCCCGGCGUCGCCACGCGGCCGCGCGUCGAGCGGGUGGUGCUCGUGUACCACGACCUCGGCAACCUGUCGGACCGCUACUACCCGCUGCCCGCCGGGUACGCCUACGUGGCGCCGGUGGUGGGGCUGCUGGCCUACGACGCGGCCAACCUGUCGGCCGCCGCCGCCGCCGCCGGGGGGCUGCCGGAGCUCGGCCUCGUCGCCGCGUCGGGGCGCCCCAUCUCCGUGGCCUUCAACGGCGGCGGCGGCGGCGGCGCCGCGGCGCGGUGCGUGGUGUUCGGGCUGGACGGCGUGCCGCGGUUCCGGGACCUGGAGGAGGGAGGCAACAACGUGUGCGCGACGUACGAGCAGGGGCACGUCUCGAUCGUCGUGAACUCCAGCGGCGGGAGCGCCCCGGGUCCGCCUCCGCCUCCGCCUCCGGCUGGCGCGAUCGCCCCGCCGAUACCGACGGAGGAGGGAGGUGAGAAGAAGGGGGGCUCGGGCUCGGCGGCGUGGAAGGUCGCCGUCGCCGUGGGCGUGGUUGCAGGUGCGGCCGCCUUGGGGCUGGUGGGCGCGCUGAUGCUGUGCUUGGUGCGGUACAGGAGGGACAAGAAGCUUGAGGCCAUGGAGCGGAACGCGGAGGCCGGGGAGGCGUUGCGGGUGGCGCGCGUCGGGCGGGCGCAGGCGCGGGCGCCCGUGGCGUCCGGGACGCGGACGCAGCCGGUGAUCGAGAACGAGUACGCUGCGUCCUAGUGUGUGUGUGGGGGGGGGGGGGCUUUCUGAAGACUUGAUGGUUAGCUUGUGCUGACAGGAGCUAUGCUGCUGCUACCUGCUAAUAUGAGAAACCAGGUUCUGGUCCGUGAGGGGUUUAGGGCAUUCUUUUGUUGAUCGGAAGGUUAGGUUUUGAUACCAUUCAUGUUCAUAGUUGGUUGCCGUGUUCUUGUUCAUACGUGGGGAACAGUUCCUUUCGUCUCCAACUCCAAGCAAGCAAUGGAGGGCAAAAUGUCUGCAGUUGCAUUUCUUUCCUUUUUUUUCUGCGGCAUUUGAUGACUGCCUAGCCGGUUGUAGUGGCUGUGUAAAAACGUUCGCUUGUCUAGUGCUGUGAUAAUUAGUCUGGUAAUUGGUGUGAUCA